AUGGAGACCUCAUUCGCAAUCACCGGCAAGGGUUAUGUGAUAGUUGCGGCGGACACAACCUCUGCCCGCUCAAUCGUGAAGAUGAAAAUCGACGAGGACAAAAUCAAGACACUCAGCCCACACCUCCUCAUGGCGUACUCUGGCGAACCAGGCGACACCGUCCAAUUCGCCGAAUACGUCGAGCGCAACAUCCGUUUAUACCAGAUCCGCAACCUCUACCCUCUGCGACCCUCAGCAGCCGCUUCCUGGAUCCGUCGUGCCCUUGCGGAGUCGCUGCGUUCACGUAAACCUUACUCCGUCAACCUCCUUCUUGGGGGAUACGAUACGGCGUCGCAUGAUCCCCACCUUUAUUGGAUUGAUUACCUUGGUACGAUGACGGAGGUGCCGUUCGCUGCGCAUGGGUAUGGAUCGUAUUUCGCGUUGAGUUUGUUGGAUAGAUAUCAUAAUCCUGAAGCUACGAUUGAGGAGGGACUGGCUACGCUUAAACGGUGUAUUGAUGAGGUUGCGAAGCGUCUUGUUGUCAGUCCUGGCAAGUACAAGGUUAAGAUCGUUGAUCAAGAUGGGAUAAGGGAGGUUGAACUUUGAAUGGACGGUGGGGUAGAGAUAACUGCGCUGUGCGAGAGCUACGUAUGCCAUCGAAUACACUUCCUGUUUGCUUUGACGCCUCAGAAAGGUCAUGUUUCGAGCCUUCAGAACC